GGUCUGGCGCGUCCGUCGUCACACGAAGGCGGUCCAGAUAUGUGCGCUGAUGCCCAAGCACGUCAACCUAGACUGAUCGGAAAGGCCGACGGACCCUUAUGGGCAGGCGAUUCAGAUUUGCGCAGCCCUCGGUCCAGAAUUCCGAGGCCGGCGGCUCUCUCGGGUCUGGGGGAGGCGGAGAGAGUUCGAAGGAGACAAUAACAAGUCUAAUCCAAGCAGCGUUGAGAAAAACGGACCCUUGUCAGAUGCUUGCGUUCAGUGCUGAAUUAAAUGCCAUUAUAGAAGUAUCCCCGGUCAAUAGUGGAGGCCAGUGCCUUGUGAAAAAGGAGCCGGCUGGGGUAGGCGACAGCUCGAACCCCAGCGUUGAUCGGACGGCAGGUUCAAGAAGUCUUCUCAGGGGGGCCGAGGAGGGUGAUUGUAGCGUACGAGAUCUCCGCACAACGUUGGUAGGAAAAGGCCAACCAGCUACAAGUGGCAACCUCUUCGCGGAACUGGGGCUUCUCUGGGCCCUUCUGUGGAACGAGGGACUGGGCGGAUCGCUGGCGGUUCCGUCAAUCUUCCGGGUGCCAGAGAGUCGGCGCUUCUGGGUCGAAAUAGGAUGCUUGCGGGCGGGACGCCAGGAUGUGAUCUGCUGCGAAGCUGGUCGAUUCUUGGUACGAACGUGGGUAUGCAGGCGGGAUACCACUGUGACUGAACAAUCGUUGGCUCGAUGGCUCCAGCCAAGAUAACCCUACCCUACCCUGGAAGCUCACCCCUCAAGGAGAGAGACAGCGUCAAUACUGGCGCGGAUACAGCCGUGGGCGGCCCAACGGCACCAAUACGGAUAGGCGUCGAGUGGCUCUGGGUGCGUGAGGAGUCCUUCGGACGAGGGUAAGGGUGGCGAAUAGCGGAGGGCGAUGUCCUCGGGCUGCCAAGACGAGUCAUCAACCCUGAUGCGGGAUACUACCGUCCCCUGAGGAACGAGGAACAGGGAGUUGGCGCAC